AUGGACUCUUACUCGCAUCGAGACCCUUCGGCAAGGUCACCACCGGACCGAACCUGGGGCCGUGACGAGUCGAGGAAUUGGGAGGAGCGUUCUGAAAACUUUUAUCGCGCAAGAUCCCCAGGCAAUGACCGGAGAGAUCGCAGACGUUCACGAUCUCCCGGGCCAGUCGACCGGUACGAACCUCGUUCUCGCCGAGAAGAUAGAGAAAGAGACGAUCGCCGAAGGAUAAACUCGCCUCCUGCAAACAUUGACCGCUACGUCCCAGGCCAGGAGAAUGCUUCACCCGGAUUGACUGUAAAUCCUUUAGCGGAUCCUUCUCGAUUGCCGUACCAAGUAGGGUUCUCCUACUUCGGAGAAUGGUGGCGAAUGAACGAGAAGAUCAAGGACGAUAAGGAACGUGCCAAGCCAGGUCGCAGACGGGAGCCAGAACGACCUCGCGGGGCUCGAGAAACCCAGGAGGAACGCGAAAAAGAAAAGGCCAAAAUCCAAGCUGCUUAUGACUCGUAUAAAGAAGAGCUUCAGGCAAAGAUGGCGAGAGCGUUUGUGACGGAGCAUAAAAAAGAGCAAUGGUUCAGAGAAAGAUAUGUGCCAGAACUUCGCGACGAGCUCCGAAGCAAGCUCAAUGAAAUCCGUCGUGGUGGUUACAGCCAGUGGGAGCAAGAUCUUGAAACUGGAACCUUUGAUGAGUUCUCAUUGGAAGGUCUUCCCAAGGCAGACAGCAACGGCGCUGGUGGUAUUGUCGAAAAAGAGGAGGGCGAGGCCACAUCAAGCAAUGAAAUAUUAGGCGUCGGCGACCUCCUUCCUGCCAAUGGAGCUGACAUUCGGGAUGAACAUCAGUUUCAGCCUACGCUUCUGAUCAAGACGAUUGCCCCACACGUCAGUCGGCAAAACUUGGAAACGUUCUGCAAAGAGAAUUUAGGGGAAGGAGAAGGGGGCUUCAAGUGGCUGUCCCUCUCAGAUCCCAAUCCGAGUAAACGAUAUCACCGUAUUGGUUGGGUCAUGCUCCAUCCCUCCUCGGAAACUGCGCUUCCCACUGACCGGUCGGAUCCGAAGGACGAGGAUGGUGAUGAAAACCUAGCAUCUCCCCAACCGGUGUUGAAUGCGGAAAAAGCCCUUGAAGCAGUGAACGGUAAAACGGUAAAGGAUGAGGUUCGAGGCGACUUUGUCUGCCACGUCGGCGUUCACAAUCCACCGAAUAAUCCCCGAAAGAAAGCAUUGUGGGAUCUCUUCUCCGCUCCCGAGCGUAUAGAGCGAGAUUUGUUGCUGGUUCAGCGAUUGGUCAACAAGUUUGAGGAGGACUUUGGCUCCGAUUUCCAGGCCAUUCUGAAGGUCCAGGAAAAGGUUGAGGAUCUUCGCAACGCUGGUCGUCUGCAGCCGGCCAUCUCAUCCGUUCCGUCCAAGAAGGUAAAGAAGCAGCGCGAAGUCGUCUUGGAUGAAGCAAUGGACGAUGACUAUGGAAUGGCUGAGCAGGAGGAGGAGGAAGAGGAUGAAGAUGAUGGCGCUCAUGGUGAUGAGACCGACGAUGAGGAUAUGCUCGUCAAGAAGAAACAGCUCGACCUCCUGAUUGAGUAUCUGCGUCGGGUAUUCAAUUUUUGCUUCUUCUGCGUCUUUGAAAGCGACUCUGUCCAUGAGUUGACGCGGAAGUGUCCAGGAGGUCAUCUCCGCCGACCCAGAAGCACUUUGUCAUCGUCGGCAAGGGCUGUCGCUCGUGCAAGUGCCACAGGCGAGCCAUUUCCGGAAAAGAAGAAGCCCGAGGCGGAGGAAGCCGAUGCAGAAGCAGCGGAAGGGGACAAGAAAUUUCGAAGCACAUCAAACAAGACUGAGCAACAGUUACUUCGGGCCUACAACUGGGUCAAGACAUUUGAGGACAAGAUCAUACAAAUCUUGGAACCUCAAAGAGUCAACAUUCGCAAGCUUGGCGGCCGACCAGUAGAGCAGGCCGUAGAGGAAGAGCUGGCCAAAUACGUCAAACAGGAGGAUGAGCACAAGUGGCGCUGUAAAGCGCCCGAAUGCACCAAGCUGUUCAAAGAAGAGCAUUUCUGGAAGAAGCACAUGGAGAAGCGGCACGGAGAAUUGCUGGAAAAUCUGAAGCAAGAGUUCGAGCUCAUUAAUGCCUACGUCAUGGAUCCAUCGCACAUUGCACCUUCGAGAACCGAUGCUAAUUCGAACGGGCAUUUCCCACCUGCUAGCGGGCAGUCUGCCACUGGAACUCCGCGGGGCUUCAACCUCCAGAACUUUACGAUGAAUGGAGUCAUGGGCAUGGCAGGCUUCCCGAUGACUGGCGGCAACUUCCCUCCAAUGUUCACCAGCAUACCAGCCGGAAAUUGGAAUCCAAUGAGCGAGGAUCGUUCAGGUGGUGGCCCCAUACGACGAGGUGGUAUGGGCAGUCGGGGUCAAUAUCGCGCCGCACCGUACGAGCGUCGCGUAAACCGCUUCGACGGAGGCCGCAAUCGGCCUGGCGGGUCUCGAUGGGGAGACGGAGCAGGCGGUGCAGCUGGUGGUCCCCGGGAAGCUGUGCAGGGCCGGAGCCUGAAGAGCUACGAAGAUCUUGACCACGUUUCUGGCAGUGGUGGAGGCGAGCUCAACUAUUAA